AUGCCGGAGUCUCAAAUUACUGGCCUGCGGGCCACUUGCAGCCAGCUCAGAAGUCAGAACUCUGCUCACCAAUGUGAUCUCAGAAUUCAGCAUUAUACAUUUGAGUACAAAUAUUCCCAAGAAGGAGACGUCAUAAUAGGAGGAAUAUUUGCUGUUCAUUCUGCAGUGAAAAGGUGGAGAUUUCCCGGAAGCCUAUUCUACAAUGUCAUGUGUUCAGCAGUUCACCAGAGAGAAUACAGACAUCUCCUGGCUUUUAUCUUUGCUAUUGAUGAGAUAAACAGCAGUCCAGAUAUUCUGCCCAAUGUGACUCUGGGAUAUCAUGUGUAUGAUUCCUGUGGAAAUGUGAAUAAAGCCACAAAAGAUGUUGUGCAGAUCUUGUCUGGACAUUCCAAGACAGUUCCCAAUUAUUCCUGUAUGGUGCGGGGUACAGUGGCUGGUUUCAUCGGAGGUCUCAAAUCAGAUACAACUCUCCAAAUGGCACAGCUUUUGAAUGUAUAUGGUUACACACAGGCCCCAAGAGGUCGAUGUUCUGCAGAAUGUCUUCCAGGGUUUAGAAAAGCUCUAAGGGAAGGGUAUCACGUAUGUUGUUAUGACUGUGCUCCGUGUUCAGAGGGAGAAAUAUCAACCCAUUCUGAUAGUGAAAACUGCCAGAUGUGUCCUGCAGAUCAAUGGCCUAAUGAGGCUAGAAAUAUUUGUGUUGCCAAAUGUUAUGAGUAUUUGUCAUAUGAGAAGGACAUUAUGGUUGUAUUUUUAUCUGCAUCUUCAGUCAUAUCUUCCACUACAUCUCUCUGUAUACUUGGAAUAUUUGUUUGGUUUCGGCGCACUCCCAUAGUCAGAGCCAAUAACAGGAACCUCAGCUUCAUUCUGCUCUUCUCUCUCAUGCUGAGUUUCCUUUCUGUGUUCCUGUUCCUUGGACAUCCGGUGGAUAUAACUUGUAUGCUGCAACAAGUCUUCUUUGGAAUUGUCUUCACAGUCUCUCUGUCUUCUAUCCUAGCCAAAACCAUCACGGUUUUUAUUGCUUUUAAAGCCACCAGACCUGGAAGCUCCUGUAGGAAAUGGGUGGGAGUCAAACUUCCCAAUACAGUCCUGUUGUUCUGCUCAUUAAUUCAGGUUAUGAAUGGUGUUUUCUGGUUGUCCAUCUCUCCACCAUUUCAAGAGUAUGACAUGCACUCUUCUCCUGGGAAGAUAAUCAUUCAGUGUAAUGAAGGGUCAGUUAUCGGGUUCUACUCUGUGUUGGGUUAUAUGGGGCUUCUGGCAGCAGUGAGCUUUGUUCUGGCUUUCAUGGUGAGGACAUUACCGGACAGUUUUAAUGAGGCCAAGUACAUCACCUUCAGCAUGCUGGUCUUCUGCAGUGUCUGGAUUGCCAUGAUCCCGGCUUAUCUAAGCACCAGAGGGAAGUAUACAGUAGCUGUGGAGAUAUUUGCCAUACUGACCUCCAGUGCUGGAAUAUUAAUCUGUAUAUUUUUUCCAAAAUUGUAUAUUCUACUUUUUAAACCUGAGCUGAACACAAGAAAAUCCAUGCUGGCAGGAAGAAUGAUAUGA